CCAAGGCACCUCCUGUGCUGCAGGGCAUUCCCCACCCGCUGCCAUGGGCUCUCCUGCCCCGCCUGCCCAGGUUGCUACAUGCUGGGGUAGCAGCGGCCAUGCUCUAUAUAAGAGCCCCGAGGCGCUGGCCCAGCCAUUUCAGGGUGAUUAACUGGGACGGGUGUGCCAUGGAGGCAGAGGAGGCAGCAGCUGCGGCAGCGAAGGCAGCACUGCGCACACCCAAGUGCUCCCGCUGCCGCAACCAUGGCUUCGUGGUGCCGGUGAAGGGCCAUGCCGGGCACUGCCGCUGGAAGCUCUGCCUGUGCGACAAGUGUGCCCUCAUCACCGAGCGCCAGAAGAUCAUGGCGGCCCAGAAGGCCCUGAGGCAGCAGGUACCUGACCCCCCUGUUGAGCCAGCCCCUGGGCCCGUUUCUCCGAGCGAAGGCUCCGGGGCAGCCAGUGCUCCUGAGCAGAGCAGCCAUGGGGGGAUGAAGGACGCCCACCCCACCGGCAGCAACAGCAAAGGCACGGUAUGCAAGGGACCGCUGCCACCACCUCCCAGCGGCCCUUCCUUCUGGGACUAUGCUCACCCUGCUUUUCCUCCAGAAUACAUGGUCAAACCAGAAUACCUGGAGAGAGAACCUCCAAAAGUGUACCCUGGGUGUUCUGGGGUAUAUCCUUACCACCCAUUUCCCAUGGGAUUUGCAAUCAGUGAGCCAAGCUGUAGAGGAGCAUCAUCACCUCCAGGGAUACCACUUCAGAGAGGUUUCCGACACAUUCCUAACAACUAUAGGCCAGGGAAUGCAGCUUCUGUGUCAAUUCCAGAUGGAGGUGGAGAUUUACACCAAGGAUACUAUGCUCCUCUGCCUCAGUUCAUCCCACCAAGUCUUCUGCCAGGGAUUCAUUACAUUCCACCUCCCCUUUCACUGAACGUGUUGGCUGAAGCAACCAAGGAAGCACAGGCUACUGAAGCUAACAGUCAGGAUUCAGGGGCAGUUCGUCAACCUGGCCAAGCAUCUUCCCCAGAAGAAACAAGCAAAGAUCAAGAAUGUAGAAUGUAUUCUAAAGAAUAAAUGGGCUAGAGAAGAGCUGAGUAGCAGGCAGUGCUAUUGAGGGUGUUAGUUAACAUGAGGAUGGAGUGACACUUAGUCACUGAGGAGUCACAACCGCUAGAAGAAGGGGGUUAGUCCCCUGGCUCACUUUAUGAUCAUAUUAGAGCUACCAGGCUCACAGCACUGCCUCCCUACCACUGUAAAGCCCUUGUUCUUAAAAAAAGGUUUUCCAGAGUCAUGAUAAAUCGCUUCCCUCUUAAGCAGGUGGAAGCAGCUGAUUAU